UAUUUCUCUCUGAAUUUAUUAUUUGAUAAUAUGUAAAUUAACUUGGCAAUAUUUAUACAAUUUUGUUUGUUUUGAGAAAUCACAUGCAAUAACUUGUAUCGAAUUGAGGUUACGUUUACUCCAAUGUCAUUGUCCAUCUUUGUUCUUGCUGAUUAAUAGGCGAUGCAGUCGAUCUCUCUCAACGGAAGUUGCCAAUCAGCAUCACUUUGGAUUAGUCAUUGUAAACUUAUUAUUCGAUGGAUUACUAAGGACGUCUAAGGACUAACAAUAUCCAGCAAUGGCUAUAAGUGUGCUAAUGAAAAAGAGAAAAGUUUUAUAAUGAAUCUCGAUAGCAAUUUAUCGUAGCACUCCCUCUCUAGUCUCAGCGAGUACUGGAAUAUGGUUGAUCACGUGGUCGCAGUACUCGCGCAUGCGCACAAAGUCGCAUCGGGAUGGUUUGUUUCGUCGUCGUUAGCGAUUUUUCUGUCACGCUUCACAGUGUACUUCAUAAAUAUAGCGUGUAACAUUGUUAACCAUGGCGGUUAUCACUAAUACACAGGAAGUCCGAGAGAUUACCAAGAUAGAGCGUAUUGGUACUCACUCUCAUAUUAGAGGAUUGGGACUCAAUGAUAGCUUGGAACCUCGCAAUGUAUCCCAAGGUAUGGUUGGUCAGCAUAUGGCACGGCGGGCUGCUGGUGUCGUCUUGGAGAUGAUCAAGGACGGAAAAAUAGCAGGUCGUGCGAUUCUAUUAGCUGGACAGCCUGGCACAGGCAAAACCGCUAUUGCUAUGGGGAUGGCACAAACCUUGGGCGCAGAUACACCUUUCACGUCGAUGGCUGGCUCUGAGAUUUACUCAUUAGAAAUGAGCAAAACGGAAGCCUUAACUCAGUCUAUUAGAAAGUCUAUUGGAGUUCGAAUCAAGGAGGAAACGGAAAUUAUAGAGGGCGAGGUUGUAGAGAUUCAAGUUGACAGACCAGCAACCGGAGUUGGUGUAAAAGUCGGCAAAUUGACGUUAAAAACGACCGAAAUGGAGACGAUAUACGAAUUAGGAAAUAAGAUGAUUGAUUGUUUAAUGAAAGAGAAGGUACAAGCUGGCGACGUUGUAACGAUCGAUAAAGCGACGGGAAAAAUCAACAGAUUGGGACGAUCCUUCACUAGAGCCCGAGACUAUGACGCGACGGGUUCGCAAACGCGCUUCGUCCAAUGUCCCGAGGGUGAACUGCAGAAGCGGAAGGAAGUUGUGCACACCGUGACUCUACACGAAAUCGAUGUGAUAAAUAGUAGAACUCACGGAUUCUUAGCAUUGUUCUCCGGUGAUACUGGUGAGAUCAAGUCGGAGGUACGAGAUCAAAUAAAUGCCAAGGUCGCUGAAUGGCGGGAGGAGGGUAAGGCGGAAAUCAUUCCGGGUGUGCUUUUUAUCGAUGAGGUGCAUAUGUUGGACAUUGAGUGUUUCUCGUUCCUCAAUCGCGCAUUGGAGAAUGAGAUGGCUCCAGUUGUGAUCAUGGCAACAAACAGAGGUAUCACCAGAAUCAGAGGAACAUAUUACAAGAGCCCUCACGGUAUUCCAAUUGACUUGUUGGACCGUAUGAUCAUUGUUCCGACGAGGCCGUACCAAGAGAAGGAGCUGAAGGAAAUCUUAAAGAUAAGAUGCGAGGAAGAGGAUUGCGAAAUGACCGAUGACGCUCUCACCGUGUUAACGAGGAUCGCAUUGGAGACGUCACUACGAUACGCGAUACAGUUGAUCACGACCGCGUCUCUCGUCAGCCGCCGAAGGAAAACGACAGAAGUCAGUAUCGAGGAUGUAAAACGCGUCUACUCCUUGUUUCUCGAUGAGAACAGAUCUACGCAAUUUCUCAAGGAAUAUCAGGAUGAGUUCAUGUUUAACGAAUUCUCUGUUCCAACUGAGGACAAUAUGGACGUUUCUCCAUAAUAUGCUAUGAAAAAGCACAUAGAAUAAUAGAAUAGAGUUCUAUAGUUAAUAAUAAUAUUUAAUAUCUUACCGAUAUUGCUACAUAAUAGCAAUCAUUCUUUCUCAAACAUCAUUACUCGUCACAAUAAAUGAGUUGCUCUACUGAUAUAAAAAUGGAAUUGAACAAUUCUUAUUUAUCGUCAUGAUACUCUUAUACGAAUAUUAUUCUUAAUUAUGUGUUGAUAACAAUAAAUGUAUAAAAAAUAAAUUGGAAUAUUUC